AUGCUGUUUCUGUUUCUUCCAUUGCUGGCUGCCCUGCUCCCCGGCAGUGACAACAAAGUUGGGUUGGAAGAGCCUGUCUCCUUACAUGUCAUACAGACGGCAUAUUUUUAUAACCGUUCCUGGGUACAGAAUCUGGGCUCGGGAUGGUUGGGAGACUUGGAGACUCAUCGCUGGGAAGGUGUCUCUGGCACCAUUGUUUACCUGUGGCCUUGGUCCAAGGGUAACUUCAGCAACAAGGAGCUCACAGAAUUUGAAACAUUCUUCCAUUCGCACUUCGGUAGAUAUAUUACAGAAAUUCACAACUUUGCCAGACUAUUGAAGUAUGAAUAUCCCUUUGUCUUGCAGAUUGUAGCAGGCUGUGAGCUGCACUCUGGGAAGGCGUCAGCAGGCUUCCUGCGGAAAGCUUAUCAAGGAACAGACCUCCUGAGCUUUCAAAACAAAUCAUGGGUGCCAUCUCCACAAGGAGGAAGUAGGGCCAAGGAUUUCUGCAGACUUCUUAAUCUGUUAGGAGGUUUCAAAGAAAUAGUGCACAGAGCUCUCAGUUACACCUGCCCGAGUUUCCUUCUGAGUGUACUGGAUGCGGGAAAAGCAGAUAUCCAGCAGAAAGUAAAGCCUGAGGCCUGGCUGUCCAGUGGUCCCAGCCCUGGGCCUGGCCGUCUGCUGCUGGUGUGCCAUGUAUCUGGCUUCUACCCUAAGCCUGUGUGGGUGAUGUGGAUGCGAGGUGACCAGGAGCAGCCUCGUACCCAGCCACGGGACCUCCUUCCCAAUGCUGAUAGGACGUGGUAUCUCCGAGUGACCCUGGAUGUGGCAGCUGGGGAGGCGUCUGGCCUGUCUUGUCGAGUGAAGCACAGCAGUUUGGGAGACCAAGACAUCAUCCUCUACUGGGAUCAUCACAGCCCCGCUGGAUUCAUCUUCUUGGCAGUGAUAAUGCUCGUGGCUCUUCUGGCAGGUCUUGCAUUUUGGUUUAGGAAGUACUGGAUACACCAUGGACCUCUGAGAACUCUUCUCCCUUUGCAGUGA